AUGGCGCCCAUCAAGCGCAAGGGGAAUGCCCCUGAAGAAAAUUCUGCUCGUCAGCCGCAGAAGCGUGCCAAGGUUGUCGCUGAAGACCGCAAAAAAGACCAGAAGCCCCAGGAAACCGCUGCGAAAGCAUCGGAGCUCUCUGUCCUACGUGAUGAUGAGCCAUCGUUCCCCCGUGGUGGUGGCGGUGUUCUGACUGCUCUAGAGCGCAAGCAAAUUCAUAUUCAGGCUACCAAGGAUGUCUUAUUUGAACAAAAAGGUCCUAAAGGACCUAAGAAAUCAACCCGCGAAUUGGAAAACGACGACGGUGAGGACGAUGAAAGCGACGUCGACAUGGAAGAUGCAGAUGAUACUACUGCUGUGAAGAAAUCGAGGAAGAAGAAGACUAAAGGAAAAAAGUCUGGAGAUAAAGAGGUCUCAGAGAAGCAAGGCGUCCGUAUCGAACACCUCAGCUUCAAGCAACUUGUUCCUGGAUCUAUGAUACUCGGCCAGGUUUCAAGCAUAAAUGCUCACAAUAUUGCUCUUUCCCUACCCAACAACCUCACCGGAUACGUCGCUCUCACAUCCGUCUCCAAAGUACUCGAAGAGAACAUCGAAAAGCUUCUCAAUUCAGAGGAAGAUGAUGAGGAUAGUUCGGACGAGGAUUCAUUUGAUUUCAAGGAACACUUCUACAUCGGCCAGUUCCUUCGAGCAUAUGUUGUUUCCACCGGCACCGAAGCAACGGAGGCUGGCGUUCGCAGCAAGAAGCGCAUCGAGCUGUCCAUUGACCCUAGACAAACCAACACCGGCCUCUCCAAGGCUGACCUAGUGAACGAGUCGGCUAUACAGGCGUCCGUUGUCAGCGUGGAAGACCACGGUUUGGUCAUGGACCUUGGAAUUGAAGGCUCAGACCUGAAGGGAUUCAUGUCUUCCAAGGAAAUCGACCCCCAUGUUCAGUACGCUGAUAUCAAGGAAGGCUCAGUCUUCCUCUGCAUGGUCAAGGGUCAAAACUCUAGCGGCAACGUCAUCAAGUUGUCCGCUAACCUUCAAUCUGCCGCCUCCAUUAAAAAGAACCACUUUCUCAGUGCAGCACCUACGAUCGGCUCAUACCUUCCUGGUGUCGCCGCAGAGAUUCUUCUGACUGAAGUUACCGCAAAUGGUAUGUUGGGAAAGAUCAUGGGCAUGCUUGACGCAACUGUCGACCUGGUCCAAUCAGGUGCCAACGAUGGGAAGCUCGACUUGGUUCGCAAGUACAAGAUUGGUAUGAAGAUCAAGGGUCGAAUUGUUUCUACUUUUCCAUCUGCUGAGCCCUUCAAGGUUGGGUUUUCCUUGCUGGACCACAUUCUGAAACUUUCUUCUGAUUCUUAUGGCCCUGGAUCGUCUGACGAGGCACCUGCCAUCUCUGCAAUCAUCCCUGAAGCCAAGAUUAUCAAGGUUGAUCCUGGCAUGGGUGUAUAUGUUCAAAUCGGGGAUAGUAAACAUAUUGGAUUUGUUCACAUUUCCAGACUUUCAGAUGGCAAGGUAGAGUCGAUCUCGGAUGACAUUGGUGCAUUCAAAAUAGGAGCCAGCCAUGAAGCCCGAGUUGUUGGAUAUAACGCAGUCGACAAUCUUUACUUGCUCUCCUUUGAAAAGUCCAUCAUUGAGCAGCCUUUUAUUCGCCUCGAGGAUGUCAACGUUGGAGCUGUUGUCAAGGGAAAGAUCGAGAAGAUCUUGAUUAGUCCCACCGGUAUGGACGGUCUGAUUGUCAGCCUGGCAGAUGGAAUUACUGGUCUCGUUCCGUCUAUGCACUUUGCGGAUACCAAACUACAGUACCCAGAGAAGAAGUUCCGGGAGGGACUGAAGGUUUCCGCCAGAAUCUUAUCCGUCAAUCUCGAAAAGCGCCAAAUUCGACUGACCCUGAAGAAGAGCUUGCUGAACAGCGACGCCGCCAUCUGGAAAGACUACAAGGAUAUCGUUCCAGGUUCCCAAUCCCCUGGAACUAUUGUCAACCUGCAGUCUCAUGGUGCCGUUAUCCAGUUCUACGGUACCAUCCGUGGCUUCCUUCCCGUAUCUGAAAUGAGUGAGGCAUACAUCCAGGAUCCCACAGAGCAUUUCAAACAGGGCCAGGUCAUCACUGUGCACGCCCUGAGUGUAGAUGCUUCCCAGGGUCGCCUCGCCGUUUCUUGCAAGGAUCCGUCGACAUUCACAGACAAGUACCGCAAGGCCUUUGAAGACAUUCACCCCGGCAUUCUCGUUGCUGGAACCGUUUUCGAGAAGUCCGCUGAUGACUUGCUCCUCAAGUUGGACGAGUCGGGACUCGUGGCUCGUCUGGAUAUUCAGCACAUCAUUGAUGGAUCUCCAUCUAAACAGAGCUCUACUCUCUCCAAAGUUCGCGUGGGCCAGAAGCUGAAUGAUCUCAUGGUUCUCAAUAUUCAGCGUGCCCAUCGUCUCAUCAGUGUCUCUAGCAGGGCCUCUCUGAAGAAGGCGGCCAAACAGGGUAACAUGCCUUCCAAGUUUGACGGCCUGGAGGAUGGUGCUAAAGUCACGGGUUUCGUUCGUAACGUUACCCCUGCCGGCCUGUUCGUUGAGUUCCUGGGUGGUCUGACUGGCCUGAUCCCUAAGCGUCUUAUCGAAGAGGUCAACCUUUCUAAGCCCCAAUUCGGAACAUCGAAGGGUCAGAACAUUUCAGCUACUAUCAAGGAGGUUGAACCUAACCUCCAGCGAUUUAUCCUAACUCAAAAGGCAGCCGAGCCUGUCCAAGUUAAGAACACCAAGACGCCUAAACAGCAGGACCAUGCUCUUGUGAACUCUGUCGAUGAGAACUGCAAGACUAUGUCCGACUUUACCUUUGGAAGAAUUGUCAAGUGCAAGGUCGUCUCUGUCAAGGCGACUCAGAUCAAUGUUCAAUUGGCCGACAAUAUCCAAGGUCGCAUUGACGUGUCUGAAAUAUUCGACAAAUGGGAAGACAUUGAGGAUCAUAAGAAGCCAACGCGGUCAUUCCGUCCCAAGCAGGAGCUCUCUGUUAGAAUCCUUGGUGUUCAUGACGCUCGCAACCACAAGUUCCUUCCUAUCUCCCACCGCACUGGCAAAUACCCCGUGUUCGAGCUGUCCAUCAAGCCAAGCUUCCUUAAUGCUGCUAAUCCCGAGCCACUGAACUUGGAGCAAGUCAAGGUUGGCUCGUCCUGGAUGGGCUUCAUCAACAAUGUCGCCGAUGACUGCUUCUGGGUCAAUUUGUCUCCCAAUGUGCGAGGCCGGCUUCGCUUGAUGGAUGCGUCGGAUGACCUUUCUCUUCUCACUGAUAUGGAGAAAAACUUUCCCAUUGGAUCCGCCGUGAAAGUCCAGGUCACUGCAGUCAAUGCCGACAAAGGCCACUUGGACCUCACGGCAAAGCAGACCCCUGAAAAACUGACAUUUGAGGAUAUUUCCGUUGGCAUGAUUCUUCCGGGACGUGUGGCGAAGAUUACGGAGACACAAGUCAUCAUGCAGCUCGGCGAAGCACUCAUUGGAGCAGUCAACCUGCUCGAUUUGGCGGAUGACUAUUCGAAGGCAACCCCGGCUAGUAUCAACAAGAACGAGGUUCUUCGUACUUGCGUUGUUGCUGUUGACAAAACCAAGAAGAAGAUCUACUUGUCACUUCGCCCAUCCAAGGUCUUGAGUUCUUCACUCCAAGUGCAAGAUCGUGAAAUCACUUCUCUGAAGCAGCUCAAGACCAACGACGUUGUUCGCGGUUUCGUUAAGCGCAUUACUGACGCCGGUCUCUUCGUCUCCGUUGGCCACGAGAUCAAUGCUUACGUCCGCGUUUCUGAUCUCUCUGAUUCCUAUCUCAAAGAGUGGAAGGAUUCUUUCCAGCUUAACCAGCUUGUCAAGGGCCGCGUCACUUUGGUCGACCCGGAGCAGAAUAAGCUGCAACUUACCUUGAAGGAGUCGGCAUUGGAUCCCAACUUCAAGGCCCUGACCACCCUCCGUGACCUCAAGGAAGGCCAGGUUGUGACUGGUAAGAUCAGGAAGGUUGAAGAAUUUGGUGCUUUCAUUGUUAUAGAUCGCUCUGCCAAUGUCAGUGGUCUCUGCCACCGUAGUGAGAUGGCCGAGAAGCGUGUUGCUGAUGCCCGCACCUUGUACGAUCAAGGUGAUGUUGUAAAGGCCAAGAUCAUCAAGAUCGACACCGAGAAAGGCAAAAUCUCGUUCUCGCUCAAGGCUUCGCAUUUCCAGGACGAGGCUGACGAGGAGAGCGAGGAUGAAGACAUGUUCGACGACGGUGGUGUCAAGCUUGCACAAGCUGAUAGCGAUGACGACGUUUCCAUGGAUGAUUUGGAGGAUGGUAGCGAUGACGAUGAAGAUGAGGACGAAGAAAAAGAAGAAGAAGAAGAAGAUAGUGACGGAGAUGAGCCCACUAAUGGUACCAAGCCUUCCAAAGAGGGUGGACUUGGUGCUAGUGGCUUUGACUGGAGUGGGAACAUCCAGGCUGAGGAGUCCAAGGCUGCUGACAGCGACAAUGAGGAUUCCAAGAAGAAGAAGAAGAAGAGCCGCAAGGCUGAAAUCCAGAUUGACCGUACUGGCGAUCUGGAUGCGAACGGCCCUCAGUCUGUUGCUGACUUUGAGCGUCUUCUUCUGGGUGAGCCUGACUCAUCCCUGCUGUGGCUCCAGUACAUGGCAUUCCAGCUGGAGCUUGGUGAGGUUGAAAAGGCUCGUACCAUUGCUGAGCGUGCUCUGCGCACCAUCUCCAUGGGCCAAGACUCUGAGAAGCUCAACAUCUGGAUUGCUUUGCUGAACUUAGAGAACACUUACGGUGAUGACGACAGUCUUGAGGAGAUUUUCAAGCGUGCCUGUCAGUACAACGACCCGCAGGAGAUCUAUGAGCGGAUGAUCAGCAUCUACAUCCAAUCCGGAAAGAAUGAGAAAGCGGAUGACCUCUUCCGGACUGCUAUGAAGAAGAAGAUCUCCAACCAGUCGCCGAAGUUCUUCCUCAACUACGCUAGCUUCCUAUUUGACACCAUGGCAGCACCUGCGCGGGCCCGAGGCCUGCUUUCUCGGGCUCUGCAGUCCCUCCCAGCGCAUACUCACAUCGAGACAACCUCCAAAUUUGGUCAAAUGGAGUUCCGCUCGGCAAAUGGUGAUGUGGAGCGUGGUCGUACCGUCUUCGAAGGUCUACUCUCUUCGUUCCCCAAGCGUAUUGACCUGUGGAACGUGCUUAUCGACCUUGAAAUCAAGGUCGGAGAUGCAGAGCAAGUGCGCCGUCUGUUUGAGCGUGUACUUGGCUUGCAGAGCAAGAAGGGCACUAUCAGUAUCGAUGCCAACAAGAAGCUCAAACCUAAACAAGCCCGCUUCCUCUUCAAGAAGUGGCUUGAAUUUGAGGAGCAACUUGCCGCGAACGGUGGCAACGAGAAAAUGGUCGAAGAGACCAAAGCGCGGGCUGCAGCCUACGUAAAGUCUCUUCAAGAGGAAUAA